AGGGCGAGAGGAUAAAGAGAGGAAAUACAGGUAAGGCCGGGGAAAGCCUGACCCGCUAGAUUUCUGCCUGCAGGGGGCGGCUGUUCAAGCCCCAGCCGCGCGAGAUCCCACCUGAGGGUCAUCCUUUUUUUGGAGCUGAGCCAGCGCGCAGCAAAAGCGCACAGCAAGCAAAAGGGGACUUUUGAACCCCGGGCCAAACUCCUCCCUUGUGGGUCAAGAAAGGAGGGUCGGGGUGGGAGGGGCAAAGGGUCAUGUGAGAGAGGAGCCUUUUUCUUUGAAUUUCAAGCGCUGGGGCAAGGAGUUUAAAUUGACCAGCCCUGGUCAGUUUCUGUCUUUCGAUCCUGCGGGGAGGCGAAGAAGCGAGAUGGGCGCCUUGAAACUCUCCUUCGGGGCUUGCUUGCUCCUGCUGCUCUCGGUAGCCCAGGCGGGCAGACAUUUUCAGCUGUAUCGCCAGUACGUCCUGCAGCAGCGGGAAGAACGGGCCAUGAAAGACGCCUCGCUUCACUCGGACUUGCUGCCUCGCAGGCCGGUGCUGGGGUCGUGGCAUCGCCUCAUCGAGAGCACCCUCCGCCAGCCCUUGGACCACUUCAACCGGCAGAACCCUGCCACGUUCAAUCAGCGUUUCUGGAUCAAUGCGAAAUAUUGGCGACGUCCUGAUGGGCCUGUCUUUCUCUUCAUUGGGGGAGAAGGCUCUCUUUCGAAGUAUGACGUCCUGUCAGGACACCACGUGGAGCUGGCCAGGAAGUUGGGGGCUCUGCUGUUGGCCUUGGAGCACCGCUUCUAUGGAGCCAGCAUCAACCCGGAUGGGUUGCAGGGCCAAAACCUCAUGUUCCUCUCCAGCCAGCAAGCCUUGGCUGACUUGGCCUCGUUCCACAUGUUCAUCACCCAGAAGCUCCACCUGACACAAAACAACACCUGGAUUGGUUUUGGGGGUUCCUAUCCUGGCGCCCUCGCAGCCUGGUUCAGACUCAAGUUUCCACAUCUGGUGUUUGCAGCUGUCGCCUCUUCGGCCCCCGUCAGAGCCCAGAUGGAUUUCACAGGCUACAACAAGGUUGUUGCUGAGAGCUUGUCGAAUCCGGUGAUCGGUGGUUCCAAAGAGUGCCGUGACGGGGUGGCCGAGGCCUUCUCCAGCGUAGACAGCCUGAUCCAAACCGGGCAGCUGGAGAAGCUAGCAAAGGACUUCCGCUCCUGUGAGCCUCUGAGCGGGAGCGCCAACAUCUCCAAUUUCGUCAGCGGCCUGGCCGACAUCUUCAUGAGCCUCGUGCAGUACAACGGCGAGCUGGGCAGCGUGGAGAAGCUGUGUCGGAUCAUGACCAACCGGACUGUCUCUCCCUAUCAGAGGCUGGUCGCUCUCAACGAUAAUUUCCUGGACGGCAUGACGGUUGGCUGUGUCAACAAUUGUUACAAGUGCUCCAUGGAGGAACUGCGCAAUACGACCGUCAACAUGUGGGGCGUUGGCGAGAGGCAGUGGGUCUUCCAACAGUGUACUGAGUUCGGAUACUUCCAGACCUGCGAGGACUCCAGCUGCAUUUUCUCCCGCUUAAUCGAUCUCCAGUAUAUGGCGGACGUAUGCGUGGAAGUCUUCAACAUCGCCCAAGACAGGAUCCAGGAGGGAGUGGGCUUCACCAACGAAUACUACGGGGCCGACCACCCCAAAGCCAGCCGUGUCCUCUUCGUUAACGGUGACAUCGACCCUUGGCACUCGCUGAGCAUCCUCAAGAACCAGUCCAGCUCCGAACUAGCCUUGGUGAUCAAUGGCACAGCCCACUGUGCCGACAUGUUGCCCUCUUCGUUCACAGAUCCGUUGCCCUUGGUCCAGGCCAGGAAGUUCAUCGAUGCCCAGGUGAGCGAAUGGCUGGAAUUAGCGCAAAAGAUGACCGGAGACCUCUGAGUGGCCAAGUGGGAAAAGGAGUUUUUACUUGUUCGAUUUGUUUGAUUUAUUUGUUUGAAUUUGACCCAUCUGUACUGCCAGAGUCCCCUCUGGAGGAAUUCUGUGUGGACAUCCCCCCCUGAGGGAGAAUCUGUGCAUCCUCUUGUUCCUCAGUCCUGGAGACUGGGCUUUAAAAAAUUUUUUUUAUAUAUAUAAAAACUUUUAAAAUACAGACUUUUAAAACAUUU